AUGCCUGACGUACAGCCUUCCAUGGUCGAGGAUAAGGCCGAGGCUAACAGAGUUAGCGUAAAGAUACCUCCUUUCUGGGUUGACAAACCAGAAAUCUGGUUCUACCAAGUUGAAGCCCAGUUCGCCAUUAGCGGAAUAACCAGCGAGGAGACGAAGUUCAAUUACCUCGUGGCCCAGCUCGAACCACGAUUUAUUGAAAAUAUUUGGGACAUAAUAAAGGAUGCCGGAACCAAUAAAUAUUCUGCUGCUAAAGCGCGUUUGAUGCAGACGUUUAAAGAAAGUGAAAAUCUCAAAAUCAAACGUCUCCUUACGGGGUUAGAACUGGGUGAUACGAAACCCAGCCAACUACUGCGCAGAAUGAGAUCGCUCGGUGACACGGAUGAUAUUUCCGACAAAGUGCUACGAACUCUUUGGCUUGAAAAAAUGCCCGAUGCCGUGAAACAUGUGCUGAUUGUAAGUGAUGAGAACUUGGAAAAAUUAGCUACGAUGGCAGACAAAAUAUUAGAAAUGCAACCACGAGCGGAACUUGCCAGUGUUAACAAGAAUACCGUUCCUGUGGACGAGCUGUUAAAUAAGAUUUCUGCUUUAGAACUUCAAAUAGCGAAUAUGACUGCUCGUAACUCCCGAUCACGAUAUCGGAGUCCCAGUGGAAAUCGCAGUACGAGUCGCAACAGAUCUAGGAAAAGGUUCAACCCAAAUGGUAAAUACUGCUAUUACCACUUCAAGUUUGGCGAGAAGUGCUUCCCAGAAAAGUGCAAAGAACCUUGCAGCUGGAAACAAUCGGAAAACAUGAACCAGCAGUAG